GUUCUGCUAAUUAAUUUAAUGAAAACAAGAAGAGUGAAAUUCAGUUUCUUUAAUAAGUCGAUAUACACAAGAAGCGACGUUCUCAGCAGGUAAUAACUAAAACCACUACAUGAAUAAUCUACUCUUGUCUUUCUUGUAUGCCAUUGGUGUCUGCCUUUGAAAAUUCGUUGUAUUUCAUCAGGAAUAAUGAGGUAACAUUAAUAUUGCAUGAAAAAUUAAAAAUAAUAAGUGUAUAUAUUAUAUUAUUAUUGAUGGGGAUUGAUGAGGCACAAGAGUCAUUGCUUGCAAGAGAUCAUUAUCAUGAGAAAAGUGACCUCCAGAGAAGAAGGUCCACCAGGAAUUAUGGCACAGCUUCAUCAGAUUCAUCGUCACAGACAUUCAACAAUCUCCAACAAAAUAACAGUAAUCAUGUAGUUAUAGUCCAAAAUAAUAAUAAUAAUAAUAAUAAUAAUAACCCUUCAACAGAACAAGCAGAAUUUCAAUUGAAACCAGUGUUGUUGUGGCUAACAAUGUACCUAGGUGGAGGUACCCUAUGCUUCUAUAUGACAAGUAACCAAAUUGAAGGUACAAAAACCAAUCCCUUUCUUGAUGCACUUUACUUGUGUGUUGUGACAAUGACCACUGUGGGUUAUGGAGAUCUUGUCCCUAAAAGCACAGUGGCAAAACUACUUGCAUGCUUCUACGUCUUCACCGGAAUGGCCCUCGUUGGUUUGAUUCUUAACAAAGCAGCAGAUUACAUUGUUGAGAAGCAAGAAAUGUUGGUUGUUAAGGCCAUGCACAAAGAGCUUGACAAAGAGUUUCAAUCUAACAACAAUAGCAACAAGGCCAAACACAAGUUCUUGGUUGCAAUUUGCACCUUCUUGGUGCUUAUUACAGUGGGAAUGAUUUUCCUAUCUUGGGUUGAGGAUCUUGAUUUUGUGGAUGCAUUGUAUUGUGUUUGUUCCACAGUGACAACUUUGGGUUAUGGGGAUAAGAGUUUUUCAACUGGAAUUGGUCGUGCUUUUGCAGUGUUUUGGAUAUUGAGUAGCACCAUUUGCUUAGCUCAAUGUUUUGCAUAUCUUGCUGAAAUGCACACUGAUGAAAGACAAAGAUCACUUGCCAAAAUGAUUCUUUCUAGGAAAAUCUCACGUCCUGAUCUUGAAGCUGCUGAUCUUGAUGGAGACAAAUCUGUUAGUGCUGCAGAGUUUGUUGUAUACAAGUUGAAGGAAAUGGGAAAGAUCAACGAUGAAGAUGUUUCCGAUGUAUUGGAAUGGUUUAGAAAACUAGAUGUAGAUAAAUCAGGAACUCUGACAGAAGCUGAUAUCAUUUGAAUUUUCAAUACACUUUAUAUAUUAUUUCUCUCAUAUUUUGAUUUGGAAAAUGCUUGCAUAACAUACAACUGAUUAUUGGUUAUGUACUAGAACUUUUACUUGUGGAUUAAUCAUUUAGUGGAAAAGGGGCAUUUUAGUCAUUGAAAUAAGCUUGUGUAAAUGUAAUCAUCGGUUCUU